GGGUUGAACCAAAGAGUGGUCCAGGUGGGCGUGGACGGCGUGCGGCGGACAGACUGGCACGACUAUGAUGCGAUAAGAAGAGAUGCUGCUCGUGUGGGUAACGGCGAGCAGGGGAAGCCGUUCCCUCUGACAGAAAGCGACCAGGUGGACCAGGCCUACAGAGAAAACGGGUUCAACAUCUACGUCAGCAACCGGAUCUCUCUGAACCGCUCCCUGCCCGACAUCCGCCACGAAAACUGUAAACAGAAGCUGUACGCAGAGAAGCUGCCCAACACCAGCAUCAUCAUCCCGUUCCAUAACGAGGGCUGGUCGUCGCUGCUGAGGACGGUCCACAGCGUGCUGAACCGCUCACCCCCACAGCUCAUCGCAGAGAUCAUCCUGGUGGACGACUUCAGCGACAAAGGUACGAAACCAGAGCUCACGUCGUGAACGUCAGAGUAAACGAGGGCUUUUAUUGGUUUAUUUGAACCUCUGUUUUCAGGAGCAGUUCUAAAACAUACCAUGGAAGACCUCAUUUUGUA